AUGAAGCCUCGUCCUGAAGCUUACCCCAGCAUCAUGAAGCCUCGUCCUGAAGCUUACCCCAGCAUCAUGAAGCUCCGCCCUGAAGCUUACCCCAGCAUCAUGAAGCUCCGCCCUGAAGCUUACCCCAGCAUCAUGAAGCUCCGCCCUGAAGCUUACCCCAGCAUCGUGAAGCCCCGUCCUGAAGCUUACCCCAGCAUCAUGAAGUCCCGACCUGAAGCUUACCCCAGCAUCAUGAAGCCUCGUACUGAAGCUUACCCCAGCAUCAUGAAGCCUCGUCCUGAAGCUUACCCCAGCAUCAUGAAGUCCCGCCCUGAAGCUUACCCCAGCAUCAUGAAGCCUCGUCCUGAAGCUUACCCCAGCAUCAUGAAGCCCCGUCCUGUAGCUUACCACAGCAUCAUGAAGCCUCGUCCUGAAGCUUACCCCAGCAUCCUGAAGCUUACCCCAGCAUCAUGA